UUAUCCUGUAAGUAAGAAAUAAAGAAGGGUGGGGAAGCAAGCAAGUAAAGAAAGAAAGACAGAGAGUGAGAAACAGUCGAUGCCCAGAAAUACCACAAAAGCUGAACCCCCGUCGCUCUCAACAUGAAAGCAACGUUCCCUGCUUCUUCAUAUCCGAUAUCUCUCUCUCUCGAAUUCUGAGAGAUCGUGGAGGUGGAGGGCGAAGGGCCCCAGAGACAGCCUGGCCGCCCACACGGCCAUCCAGUUCUACGACAGGCUCAUCCACAAGGCCAAGUCCGCCCCAUGUUGGAGUAUGGAGCCUCAAAGGAACUGAAUCAGUAGUCCAUCAUCACGAAGAAGAAGAAGAAGAAGAAGACUGCGAUGAUUCAACAUUUGAUAAACAAGUCCUUUUUUCCCGGAGGCCAGCUUCGCAUUUGAGGCUGUCUCUCCACUCACUCAUUCCAUCUUGCAGCCUGGAAUGGCAGCAGAGACGGAUACUUGUUCAACCAGCCGUUAGGUCAAAACCAAAGAGGGGAACCCUUCAGUCCAGUAACGCACAUCCACUUCAAGCUUGGAUGGAUCCGAUCCAUCCGCCCUACCCUUUCCCUUCCAUAAUCUGCCUCCUCCACAGUUCAACAACACAAAACGAGGCAAGAAGAAUGAGCAAUCGUCACAUGAUUUUGAUCUUCGUCUCAGAAUCAUCCGUUUCCGAUUUGUCUCCACUCUCAACUAUUGCUUUUGAAGCUCAUCAACUUCCUUAGACCCGCAAAAGGAGUGGGUAAAGCGACUCAUCCUUCGCCAUCUCCAUCCAUGCUCGUGUAUUGGGGUACAUUCGGAUAGUAGUCGUUUUCCACCAACGUUGGGAUGGAUGCGAGAGAGAGGAGGGAUUUAAAACAUUCCUCAGCUAGUUGGUGAAGUAGCAUUUGAUGCCAAGAUUCAAUCAUCUAUUCAUGUUGCUCCUCCUCUCUAUGAAGGUAAUGUUUAUCUUGUGUGUUUGUUGCUGAUUAAUUAUCAUCGGCUUGGUCAUUGUGUGUGUAGUGAAGCUCUAAAAAUAGGUUCAAACUCAUAAUUUGGUGUAGUUGAGUUAUAGCUGCUUGCUUGUGGCAUAAAUUGAGAUUAACAAAACUGUGGCCUACCACGCCCCCGGGAUGCAUCCUUCGAAGCCGGGCUGAUCCGAUUUUGCGGUGCUGUGAGUGCCAUUAUGGAUAGAAUAAUGAAGAGUUAAGUGCAAUGAAUACUUGAAGAUAAUAAAAUGAGUUGGCAAUAUGAAGAAGAGGACCCAUUGAUCAUUACAAACCAAUAUUUGGAACUUAGUAGCCAUCAAUAUAUCCAUGGUCCCCUAUGUGCCUCUAAAUACCUCACACACAAACAAAAAGAAAAUAAAUUGUCUUGUAUAGAGAUGGUGACUAUUGGUGAAUGGUUGUUGGUACUUCUUUACUACAUGAUGAGUACUAGGAGAGUGAAGAAUAAUAGUAUCAGGGAUCUUAGCUAUGAUAUACAAAAAGAGUUUACAGUCUUCACUCUAAAUAACUAAAUUUGAGGCAUAAAAAGGAAAACAUGCAGAAGAAAAAAGUUCAAUUUCAAGGCUUUAAUUUAGAGAAAAAUGUUAUGAAAAAAGGUUUAAAUAAGAUUAACAAAAGAAGCAAAGUAAACCAAGCCACCCCAACAUAUGCGCCAUGGUCCCGGCGGGGCUCGAACCCGCGACCUUCGGCUCAUAAGACCAACGCUCUAACCAACUGAGCUACGGGACCUUGUCGAAAACAAAAUUACAGAAUUUAUAUACGUAUCAUACAGCAGAGAUUAUGUAAAUUAUGCAAUGAAAAUCUAUAAUCAAUUUAUAAGGUGGGAGUGGGAAAAAAAAUAUUGAUAGGGCAUUAUUAAAUUAUUUGCAGUCGAAUAAAUAUAGUAUAUAUUUUAUUAAUUUACUUUUUCUUCUUUUUCCAAUUUCAGCCUCUCUCUGCAUGCAAUUUUCGACAAUUUGGUUAUUAACGAUGAUAGUAGAAAAAAAGAGUUUAAUAUAGAGGCUUAAAAAUUUGGUAAUGAUUUUAGUAUAUGGAGUAUAAAUAGAUAGUGUAUUCUAAUAUUUGAGUGAAAAUUAAAUCAAUUAAGUGAUUCAAAUUAUUGACGGAUUUAGUAAACUGGAAUAGUGAUUCAUGCAAAAUUAACAUGCGAGAAUUGUUUAUUGGAGUAUAAAAAAAACGAAAGAGCAUCUCAAUUUUUGCAGUAUAAUCUGGAGUGAUUUUAUCCAGCUAACAAAAUCAAGUAGCAAAAUAGAAAGAGUAGAGAGGGAAUCGGUCUAAAUCUAAUGAUGGAAAAUGAGGAACAUAGAGAGGAUUCGGGCGAGAAAUCAGAUUUGGAGAGAAGAGCGCAGCAUUCAAAAUAUGAUGAUCUAGAUUUGCAUAUAAGGUUUGAAUUUAAAAAAUAUGAUGAUCUAGAUUUGUAUUUUCUGAAAUCUCACACGUUUCCAGCUCUCGUUUCCUCAAACCCCUCAGAUUCUGUGAUUUAUUGUUAAUAAAGAAAAAUAUGAUUUCGAUAUGGCGUGUCGCUUGCCAUUUAUGAUCGUAUUCCCCUUUAAAUCCGCGAAGAAUUCUCCUCAAAUUUGAUGGAUCGGAGGGAGAAAUGGCUCAAGAACAGCAGCAACACAUUGUGAGCAGCAGCGACAGUGAGAGAUCGAGAAAUGUUAAGCUGAAGAAGAAAAUCCCGCAGCGAGGGUUGGGCGUUGCGCAGCUUGAGAAAAUCAGAAUGGAGGAGCUGAUGAAGAAGGAGGUCCUUGCAUCAGCCAACGCGAUCGGUUCGGUUACUGAUGCAACUCCUUCGCCGUCGCCGGUCAAUUUCCGAUCAUCAAACACGCUGUAUAGAUCGUGGAGUGCCGAUCACGAUCAUCGGAAUAGUAAUGCUGCUGGAUUCCGGCCGCCGAUGAAUUUUCAUUCGGAGUUGAAUGCUUCUGCUUCUGCUGCUGCUCUGCCGUCGGCGCCUCAGAGAUUCUUCCGUUUUCAGCAACCUGCUUCUCCGGUGGUGAAUCCAUAUUCAUCAUCAGCCUUCCAUAUGGAGCCCCCUUCAAGCCAAAACCAUUUGCAUUGUAACAGCUAUGCCUCCUCGUCGUCGCCGUGGCCAGAGAUGGUAGGGGUGAAGCGGCCGUACCCCUUCUUUCUUGAAAGUCCACCAGAGGCUCAUUCCGAAUCAAGAUACGAUGAACUAGCUUCUUGUGGCAGUGGAUAUGCACCUCAAAAGGGACCAAGAAAUGUAUACACGAGCUAUUGUAGAGAUGGUCCAACAAACUCAAACACUCCAUCUGAGCAGGGUUCAAGAAGAACCCUGAGGGAUGAUGGGAGGCUAGACGGAGACUUCCUAACCUUGGCGCUUCCUCCUCCAAACUCAAAGCAUGCCUAUGCAAUAGAUGAUUUUGGUUGUCAAUGGCCAGAGGAUGAUGAGAGAAGGCAAGGUAAUCGUUUGAUAGCAAGUAGAUCAAUGGAAGAGCCCUUCAACUUCUUUCCGGUUAGGCCAGAUGAAAGUGGUGGGGAGAAGGGAGAAGCCAUUGAUCUCAAUUUGAAGCUAUAGAAUGUCAGGAGAGAAGUAAAUUACCCUAUUUGGGAAGUGUUAGAAGCUUCCUCUGUGAUGCUAGUUAUAUUAUAUGGUUGUGUUUUGUUUGAUGGUUUAGAUAUGAUUGAGUCUUGUGAAUGUUGUUCGGUUGAAUAGUCAUGGCCCGAUUGCCACGUAGGUUAGUGUUGGCUUAAUCAUGGGUAAUUUCCAAACAAUUUAAUUUUAAGCUAUUCAACUCCAUCUCUGUGUAUUAUGUUGUGAUUAUGCCUA